UUCAAACACAAAUGCCCCAUAUGUAAUGUUAUGAUUUGUUUGUUUGUAGGAGCUUGCACCUCUGAAGCUUCGGUCUCACAGGAUCAGCCUUGGAUGGAUGCGCUAUGAUGAGCGGUACACACCGUAUGUAAGGGAGGCAGGACUUCUCCCUUUCAUUCAGUUGGUCCGCCGGUCGACGCCACCCAACAAUGCUGCAGCACUCACCGCGCUUAUUGAUCAUUGGAGGCCGGAGACACACACUUUCCAUCUUCGGACCGGGGAGAUGACCGUGACGCUGCAGGAUAUUGCUAUGAUCACCGGUCUUCCUAUCGAUGGCAAUCCUUUAUGUAUGAACACCGAUUCUGAUGGGUGGCGCGCGCAGAUGCAUGCCCUUAUCGGUAUGGUUCCUCCGGAGCCUCGGGAACCAGAAGCAGAAGAUAAGAAGAAGGAAAGAGUCGCAGCGGGCGCUACUUUCACGUGGAUAUCAUCGAACUUCAGUCAUUGCCCUGAGGAUGCUAAUGAGGACAUGGUGAAGACAUAUGCUCGUGUCUACAUGUGGUACGUGAUAUCCAGGACAAUGUUUGCUGAUGGCACAGGCAAGAAUGCUCCAUGGAUGUGGCUGAAGGCGUUGACCGUCUUCGAUAUCAAAUGGAGUUGGGGUUCGGCGACACUGGCUUACUUGUAUCGACAGUUGGACGAAGCCUGUUGUAGGCACACUGGAGGUAUUGGUGGUUGUCUGCUCGCACUUUCCAUAUGGAGCUGGGAGCGUUUGCCGGUUGGACGACCGAAGACCGUGAAGUACGAGGAUUGGGACGAUAAAGACGACCCACUACGGCUCCCCACUUGGGCUUACAAGUGGGAUGUGUUAAAUGAGACGACGGAUGAUCCCUCGGUAAUGUACAAGUUGUACAAGAGCGAGCUGGACGCGAUCACGCCUGAGCAGGUGAACCGACAUUGCAUAAGUGAUUAUCAUGCUUGUAUCGUAACUCGAUAUCAAUUUUGCAUUCAAUCCCAUUUUGCAGGUGGAAUGGGAGCCGUAUGGAAAAGGAGAGAGUUUUGGUAACCCUAUAGAGUUCAGGCUGAAUCCGAUGUGCACUAGGGAUAGGGAUCUCUGGCAUAUGCGGUGCCCACUGAUAUGCAACUGGGCGGUUGAGCUUCACCUGCCACAUCGGGUGUUCCGCCAGUUUGGUUUGUUCCAGCCACACCCGCCGGAGUGGGAGGACACGGACAAGUUGCUACACGCGUUGGAUAGGAAAAAGCAGCGGAAGAUCAAGGAUUGGGCCAAGCAUCACAGGAAGUAUGUCGUGCAGUUCGCUCUUAGUGUGGAGCAAGCAAGGGCUGGAAAACGAGCCCAGCUUCGUGAGCACUGCCCAAUCGCGUUCAACAACUAUCUCACAUGGUUUCUUGCAUGUACCCGCGUGGAGGUAUGCCAGCCGGCGUAUGCUGAGGAGAUUCUGGAAGAACCCACCGUUUUUGAUGAGGUAGCCCAGCACCAGUACAACGCAUUAGUCAGGAAAAGCAACUCAGUGAGCCCUUCAGCUCCAAUGAUGAACUUUGUGCGUGCCCAGAUCAAGAAAGCAGCUGAUGAGACCGAGACUAUUCUGGAAACAACCCCGGCUGGCAAAAGCGAUGGGGAAGGUGCACUUCGAGCAUUCAUUAAGCGCCAGGGCCAAAAGUUAAGGCGGCUAUCAAACCUUUUCGGUUGUCGUGACCCCGAGUAUGUAUCACCAGAACGGUCUAGGUCGGCGACACCAUCAGAUCCCGCUUCGGGGCAGGGCCAUGGUGAAGAGGAGACAUACAUGGAAAACAUGACCCCAGAGCAGUUGAAGAAAGUAUAUGAGAAGUGUUGUGGCAUUGCAUCUAAGAGUUUGGCGGCAGCGUCUGAGAAGAUUGUACUGGAGCGAGAACUUGGUAUCAAGAGGGAGCUUGAAGCAUGGUUCAAGAGUAAUGAUGAGAAGUUUGCUGCCAUGAUGGAUUUCAACAAGUAUCCAUUCAUGGAGGAACCUUCUGAUCUUAAGGAGAGAAAAGUUUUCCGUAGGCUUGUGAAAGAAAAAGAGUAG